AUGAGAACCUUCUCGGACUCGUCGCCUGAGCUUGUCUCUGCUAGGACAUCCUUGGACUCGUCCGACUUGAGCGACUUCUCCCUCAUAUCCCGCCUCGAUGCAUUGUCUCUGGGCGGUACUGCGGGUCUUGCCGCCCCUCAUUCUCACUCUCGCUCGCAGCGCCGUCGCACAGCAGACAGCGCGGCCGAUAGCGUCUCCCCAUACGACUCGACCGAUAGCGGCAGCAGCUAUGAGAUUAUUGUUAUCCCGGGGCCCGAGUCACGCGGUUUCGCCUCCAGUUCGACUUCGGUUGUUGCCGUCGCGAGCUCGACUUCAGCGCGGUCCCGGACUCUUUCCAGCGACUCGGAAUCUGGUAGCUGCCUGACGCCUUCAGAGUUCAGCAGCAGCCUGCGGAGCGGCGGCACUGAGCGCCCUUCGACACUCUCACAUCCAUCUGGGGCUCGCCUCUCGUCUGUGCCGCAUCACCGCUCGGCUGAAACCCCUCACACACGCUCCGUCUUGAGUGCGUCAGAGGCACAGCUCUCAAUCGACAGCUUUCUGGCCGAGCCACAGGAAUUCAUGAGCGAGGCAGCCAACAAGCUGCGGCUGUGGCAGGCUCUCUGCAUUGAACUGGGUCUCGUCGAACUUGAAGGCGCGCCACUGCCCGACCUGCCGCUCGGUGUGUCCACCUCGUCUCAAGAUACCUCUCGGUCUGCAACGCCAACCCAGGAUACCGCCCUGCCAUCGUUACCCCAGAGCCUGACCCAGGCUCGGCGGUUGCUCAAGGAACGCGCACACGUCAACAUCGUAGAAUAUCUCAAAGCCCGUGCAGACCCGGACCGACACGCAAAGCACGACGGCGAGGCGGCGGGCAAGUAUGCCGACUUGGUCCACCCGUCUGCGUCGGCCAUGAUGAGGGAGGCCAGGCGCCAGCACAAGUUCUUGCCGGUUGGUAAGGCUAAAACGGAGUGGCUAGAGCCCCUCCUCAAGGACUUUGGCAACCGCCGCGCGCGAGCUGCGGCGUGA